AUGGGAUUGUGGCACUCCACUCGACGCCAAUGCGGAAGGAUGCCGCCGAAAAGAAUGGAACACUUUCGCUCUGUUGGAUGCGUCGGAUCCCGUAUAACAAGCGAGCUCUUUACCCUCAAAUUCAAACAUGUGGGGGCAAAAUGCUAUCCUGCUUUAUUGUUACGUAGCAAUCGAAGCCUGCUUAUGUUGCUUCGGCGGUGCUUUUUUGCCCUCUCUUCGCUCUGGACAGGAGCGCUAGUGGACACGGGGAGGGAGCAGGCGAAGCGUGUCGUUCGUAGUGGAAAGAAAGAUACCACUGCUUCGUCUUUUUGUUGGACCGCCGACGCGAACACAAUGGUCUCUGACCAGGACCAAGAACUAAUUCGAAUUUGGAUCUUGACAUGUCGAUGGUUUUUAACCGUAGGCAUUUUGCCAGGAAGUUGGUGGGCUUAUCAUGAAUUAAGUCGGGGUGGCUGGUGGUUUCGAAAUCCCGUAGAAAAUGCUUCUUUUAUGCCUCGGGUAUUAGCCACAGCGCAUAUUCAUUCAGUAAUUCUACCCCUUCUUCAUUCUUGGACCUCGUUUCUUAAUAUUGUUACUUUUCCAUGCUGUGUCUCAGGAACCUUUUCAAUACGGUCCGGAUUGCUAGCUCCCGUUCAUAGUUUUGCUGCAGAUGAUACACGAGGAAUCUUUUUAUGGCGGUUCUUCCUUCUAAUGACCGACAUAUUUAUAAUUCUUUUCUCCCAGAUGAAGCAGCAGGCAUCGGUACGUAGAACCUAUAAAAAAGGAGAUGGUUGUGGCGCGAAGUACUUUUGUGCACCUACGUCAUUCGGCUCGCGCGCAGAAGGUGGGGCUCAUAGUCUUUCAGGCCUGCUCUGGGGGCUUCUAGUACCGAUAUGA